GUGAUGCGGGCAUGCAAGUCGACCGCAAUCUCACCACGGCCCUCAGUGUGACCGAGAGCCUCGGUGGGACUAAAACGUCCACUGCCGCUAGCAGCAGAGUCGCCGCUGUUUUGGCGCACGACCGGGAGCUGGUCAAGGGGGGAAGAGCUGCUGGCGCGUCGGCUGCGGCAGCGGGCGCUUCCCCGACGGCCGCACGGGCGAGGGCGGCGGGAGCAAUUAGAGCUUGGAGGAGUGCCUGA